AUGAUGAGGCUUUCCAAUCUUUUGGCCGUCUUGCUUGCGGGCGCCGGGGCAUCGGCACUGACUUUGCCCCAGGCCCGCAGCUCUGGCCCGGCCGCCGAGUCGCAGCAGCCGCAGCCGCGAUCUGUCCCGGCUGGCUUCGCCACGACGAACGGCACCCGCUUCACGAUCGACGGGGAAACGCAGUACCUGGUCGGCACCAACGCGUACUGGCUUCCGUUCCUCACCAACAGUGCCGACGUGGACCUCGCCCUGGAUCAGAUCGCAGCGUCGGGCAUCAAGAUCCUGCGCAUCUGGGGCUUCAACGACGUGACGACCAUCCCGACGGACCCCAACACGGUCUGGUUCCAGUACCUCUCGGCCUCGGGGUCCAUCAUCAACGACGGCCCCAACGGCCUGCAGCGGCUCGACUACAUCGUCGCCGGCGCCGAGAAGCGCGGCCUCAAGCUCAUCGUCCCCUUUGUCAACAACUGGAAGGACUACGGCGGCGUGCCCGCGUACGAGGCCGUCUUCGGCAGAGGAUCCUCGACGUGGUUCAAGCACGAGCCGGCCCAGGCGCAGUACCAGGCCUACAUCAAGGCCGUCGUGUCCCGCUACGCCUCGUCGCCCGCCAUCUUUGCCUGGCAGCUGGCCAACGAGCCCCGGUGCUUCCUGUGCAGCACCGACGACAUCUUCAACUGGGCCACCAAGACGUCGGAGCUGGUCAAGUCGCUUGAUCCGAACCACCUCGUCUCUCUCGGCGACGAGGGCCAGGGGUUGACCGGGGACGUCUGGACGCCGUACUGGCUCGUCUGGGGCACCGACUUUUGGCGCAAUCUACAGAUCAAGACGAUUGACUUUGGGACUUUUCACAUGUAUCCCACGACAUGGAACGCCCCGUUGAGCUUUGCGUACAACUGGAUCAAGUCGCACGGAUCCAAGUGCGUCGACGCCGGAAAGCCCUGCUACAUGGAAGAAUAUGGAGUACCCUCUGACAAGGGGCAUUGUUCCGUCGAGAGCCAGUGGCAAAAAUGGGCGCUUGAGACCAAGGGCAUUGCCGGCGACGGGUUUUGGCAGCUCGGCACCCGGCUCAGCACCGGCCUAACGCAUGACGACAGCUUCACCAUCUACCACGAUACCGACGAGUGGACGUGCCUCGUCACUGAUCAUGUUGCUCGCGUGAAGAGUGCCGCUUAG